GUUAAAACAUCCAGUGGCGUUUUUUUUUUAAUCGCGAUUGUUCUCAGUUGACUUUAUAAGUGUAGUAAAAUCAGUCAGUCGUGGCAUCCAUGUAUAUGAUGGGGAGAAAUUCACGUUUGCCCUGGUGCCUUUGAGGCUUUUAGAAGACCACAGCUGAAAGAGCUUAUAGUUGCCGAUGGAUAUAAGUGUAUGCUUUAACCAAAUGCUGCGCCUGUCGUGGAGACUGACGAAGAUUCCCUCCAUUUCUGCUCUUUAACCAUUUGGAAAGGCAAGAUUCUCAACCAAGAUGUGUUCAAUACCUGGUUUGCCAGAAGUUGGAUCCAAUUUGACUGUUCAUAUUGCAAGAGUCUCUUUAAACCCACACACUAUCUUUGUGGAAUUUGGAGGGAAUUUAAAUCAUAGACAAGAGGCCAUUGAAUUAUAUCAACAACUAAAAGACAUAGAAGUCCUUAGGAAACAGCAGCAAACUUUUGAAGGCAAACCUGGAGAAGUAUGCUUAAUAUAUGAAGAUAGAGCUUGGUACAGAGCAAGGAUACUUUCAAAAUCUGAACAUGAAUACAAGAUGUUCCUAAUUGAUGACGGUAAAUUACUUUGGGCCUCAAGCAAAGUUUUGACAAAAGGUCCACGCAACCUUUGCAGUCUGCCUCCCAAAGUAGAGCUUUGUAUACUGGCCAGUGUGUCACCUCUAUGUCUUGAGAGUGCAUGGUCUCAGGCCGCUUCAGAUUUCAUCAGAUCUUUGUGUGGGAAAAACAUCUCUGGGUGUGUUCAGGAUGUGAUAAUGCCUUCAAGAAUCAUUCUCCUUGACAUUCCAAGCAUAUCCAAACAAAUGUAUGAACUUGGAUUUGCUAGAAAGAUGCCUCAUGAAGACUUUAAAAGCCUUGUAAUGCAUUCACUGCAUUUGCCAAGAAAUCCUUCCAUACAGACAGAUGUUGCAACUACAGAUGAUCAGCAGGAGCAAGCCAGUGACCCUGACAAGUUGCAUCAAUACUUGUAUCCAGAGUUGUUGCCUGGAACAAUUGAGAUUGUAAGUGUAACACAAGUUGUUCAUCCGUUGAAAGUCUUUUGCAAGCUGCAUGUCUUUUCACAAGAGCUCAAGAAAUUAAGUGAUCAGCUCCAUGAAUACUAUGAAGAUACAUUCUCUGCUCAGAUGCCAGUGCCGCUGUCUGAUGGGUCUCCAUGUGCUACCAAAGGAAGUGAUGGCAAUUGGUAUCGAUCUGUACUUCAGCAGAACAACAUCUCUGAUGUUGUCAAGGUCUUUCAUGUUGAUUAUGGAAUUGGAGAUUUCGUUAAACUCUGCAAUAUCAGACCCUUAUAUGCAAGGUUCUUCCAAUUGCCAGUUGUCACCUAUGCAUGCUCUCUACAUGGUGUCAUUGACAAAGGGAUUGGAUGGAGGACCGAUCAGAUAGAUUAUCUGAAGUCUGUUGUACUCAAUCAAAUCCUUGUUGGAAAAUUUGAGCAUUUCAGUGUGAAUGAGGGUGUUUAUUAUGUAACGCUUUAUGGAAAUGACAGUGUGAAUGUGAACAACACAUUUGGCCACAGAGAGCGGUGUUUGUCAGUGACUGAGAGGAUUUGUGGUGAUCCAACUCUUGAGACUCUAAACAAAGUGACAUGCAAGUAUUCGUAUGACAGAAAUGUGUCUGUACAUUCUCUCCAUUCACCUGAUUUAACCAGGUGCUCCAAUUCUCUUGAAGAUGUCACUGUAGUCAGACCUUCCAAAACUAAAGAAAUACAACCCACAGAGGUAGGGCACUCACCGAAUAUUGGUGCUGCUCCACCCCUUCAAAGUGGUGCAUAUGUUGAUUCACCACACAAAAUUGAAGUGGGUGCAAAGGAGAAGGUACGAAUAACCUGUGUCCAAAGUGUCAACCAGUUCUAUGGCCAUUUUGCACAAAAUACUGAUACGGUUAAGAAAAUGACCAAAGAUAUUCAACAACUGUGUCGCAAGCAACUACAAACAAAGUUUUCAAUUUGCCCUAAGAUGAUGUGUCUUGCUAAAUAUGCAGAUGGGCAGUGGCACAGAGGACAAAUUGAAUCCACGCAUCCAAAAAUACUUGUCCAAUUUGUAGACUAUGGUGACUUGGUGAUUUUGGAUAAAUCUGAUAUUCUACCACUUCCUCCGAAGGCUAGUGCGAUUGCAUCCACUCCCAUUCAGGCUGUUCAGUUUGAACUUUUCAAUGUAACAUUACCUGAGCCAUGUGAGAUUAAUGACUGGUUCAGAAACUACGCUACAGACUGCAUGUUCACUGUCAUCGUGAAACAAAAUACCUUGGGCAAACUAUCAGUGGAGAUGUAUGAUGAGAAAACAAACCUCAACUUAAAAAUUAAAGAGCAGUGGAACAAGACCAAAAGAAACAUCGGCAAAGGAACCGAUAAGAAUUGUACCUUUAAAGAGUCUUCAGAAGCAGUGGAGUCUAGAGGGUUAAGACAUAAUUUAAGCACUGCAUCACAAGCACAUGAGAAAACUUCUAAGAAAGUCACGAAACCAGUUGUUCAAGGCACAUUGGAACAAAACUUCCAGUCUGUUACUAGUCACGCAACUGGACACAGUAGAGCUAGGCCAAAUUUUUUAAAGCAACAAGUGACUUGUCGUUAUCCAAAGCUCACCGAUCUUCCCUCAAGAGCCUUGGAUGCAGGAUAUGUUUCAGACAUCUAUGUUUCUCACUGCAAUAGUCCAUCAAGUUUCUUUGUACAAUUGACAAGUGAUGAAGAUGAAAUAUUUUCCCUUCUCGACAAACUUAAUUCUGCUCAGUUAAGUGAUGCACAAGUUGAACUAAACUUGUUGCAGUCAGGUGACCUGGUGAGAGCUGAAUAUCCUGCUGAUGGGGCCUGGUAUCGUGCUGUUGUUCAAAACAAGAGAGAUGGCAUGGUUGAAGUGCAGUUUAUUGAUUUUGGGAAUGAGGUGACACUUCUGCCCCUUAAAGUGCGGCAACUUGGCAAGCAGUUCCUUAGCACCCCCAGGCUCAGUAUUCAUUGCAAGCUUGAGGAUGGUUGGAGAAGAGGAAAAAGAGAUUGGACCCAGGAAGAGAUAAUGACAUUCAAAAAGGCAGCAGGUGAAAAUGGUGAGAAGAAAAUUCAAUGCAAGUUUAUCAGAGAGGACGUAUCUACUUGGCUUGUCAGUUUAGAACACCAGGGUGUUGUAUUGGGAGGGCCUUUGUUUAAUGAUGCUCUCAAAUCAGGUGCUCAGACUGAAUCACAAAUGUGCUGCAAUGAAGAUACCCAGCCGUUAACAUUCAAGGAACCAGCUUUAACUCAAGGACAAAUUGUAGAAGCAUAUGCUUCAUCUAUUGAUGGACCAAAUUACUUCUGGUGCCAGUUCAAAAACUCAGAGGAACUUGACAAAGUCUCCCUGCUUGCACAAGAAAUUGGAAACUGUAGUCGAACAAAACCAAUUCAGCCAGAUCAGUUACGGCAAGGAGGACUGUGCAUAGCAUGCUUUUCUGACCAGCUGUGGUACCGUGCACAGGUUAUCAAUACACAUGAUAAAACAGUCUCUGUUCUUUUUAUAGAUUAUGGAAAUGAGUCUGAAAUCGAUCUGAACUUCAUUAAGUCCCUGCCGACCAAGCUCCUGGAAAGCCCGCCACAAGCAUUUCUUUGUCAGUUAGAAGUUUUGGGGUCCGUUGAUGGCACUUGGAGUGACACUGCAGCUAAUACAUUUUUUGAGCUUCUAGUGGAUGAACCUUUGAAAGUGACUAUUCAGAAAAUGGUAAUGUCCUCUGACCUUCCAAAGCGUCCUCAGUACAGUGUCCUUGUUGAAUGUAAAGGGCUAAUUGUUAAUGAUUUUAUGAAAGAUUCCUGGUGUGACCCCAAACCUCAAGUCUGUAGCAAAGUAAGUGUGGCCGCUAAAACAAAACCCUCUGCAGGUAUGGACAAUUUUGUAGUAACAAGCUCUGAAUACGUUCAGAAAGAUGAAACUGAAUCAAAUCAAGAAGUUCAACGCCAUGAUAGAUGUCAGUUAGAAUGUGUUGCAGCCAAGACCCAAGACCAAAGCAUUACGAACACAAUGUCUACUGAAGAAGAUGGAAACAGAAUAGUUUCUGAUCUAUCAGCGCAGUGUUUACCUCAAGUUGGAGAUCUUCCUCCUCGUGUGAUAGAACCUGGUACAGUGUCUGAAGUGUAUAUUUCACACAUCAACAGCCUGACACAUUUUUUUGUGCAACUGGCAGAGGAUGAGAAUACAUUAUUCUCCCUCAGCGAGCUAUUGAAUUCCCCUCAGCCAUCUGAGAAAGAUGAAGUGAAUGCAUUCAGUGUUCAGCAGGGAAGUUUGGUGAAGGCCAUGUUUCCUGAAGAUGAUUCCUGGUAUCGUGCUGUUGUGAAGGACACUGCUGAAAAUGGCAAUAUUCAGGUAGAGUUCAUAGAUUUUGGAAAUGAGGCAACUGUAUCUCCCUUUGAAAUUCGCCUACUUGAUGAGCGGCUACUGUCAUACCCAAGGUUCAGCAUUCACUGCAGCUGUAGUGUAGAUGAUCGAUUCAAGACUCAGGGAAUGAAGGAGCAGAUAUGUAUCUUCAAAAAAAUAUUCGGUGAUACUGGUGAGAACACUCUCUCUUGCAAAUUUAUCAAAGAAGAUGUCAUCACUUGGGAAGUUAAAAUGACUCCCAGUGGCAGCUCAUCAGAUUCGUUGAGUGAGAAAUGGGAUAAUUUAGACUUGAAUGCAUUACUGGCAGAUUCCAAACCUGUGAAGGAGACAUUCCAACUGCUCUUCAAGAAACCAGAUGUGUCUUUAGGACAGACGGUAGAAGCUUUUGCAUCGUGCAUUGUUGGACCAAAUUAUUUCUGGUGCCAGUUUUCAAACUCUGAAAUACUUGAUCAAAUCACCCACGUUGCCCAAGAAUAUGGAAACUCUAGUGAGACGGAGCCAAUUCUGCUGGAUAAUUUGGAUCCUGGAAGCCUGUGCUUGGCUCGUUUCUCAGAUGAUCAGAUGUGGUAUCGUGCACAGGUUACUAAUAAAUGCACAAACACUGUUUCUGUCCUAUUUGUUGACUUCGGAAAUGAGUCUGAAACCAGCGAAGGCUCUGUUAAGGCACUGCCUUGUGACUUGCUGGAAAAUCCACCUCAAGCUUUUCUGUGUCAGUUAGAAGGAUUUGAUCUGUCAUCCGGAUCGUGGGACAGUGUAUCUACUGAUAACUUCUAUGAGCUCAUAGUGGAUAAACCUCUGAAAGUAACUGUGCAUUGCAUUGCCAAUACCCUGGACCCUAACAGCCCUCCAUAUUAUGUUACAGUUGAGUCUCCGCAAUGUCUUGUAAAUGAGCUCAUGGCAAAGUUUUUCAGUAAUUCUGUACAACAUAAUCAGAACUCUGUGGAGGUGAUAGAAUCCCUUGAACAAUCCACUGCAUCAACAUCUGUAGAUCAGCCUGUUUCAGAGGAUAAAACAAGUGUGAACCUUGCAACCUCAACAGAGGAAAAUCACACAAGUGAACCUUAUUGUGCUGAACAACAUGGAGGUAAUAAAAUCAAACUGUUAGAAGCAAAUGAUGAAUUGGAUGAUGUACCUGAAAACAAAGUGGAUGAUCAGUUUGGAGGAGAUGUUAUUGCUGCUACAACAAAUUCUGAUGACAUUGCUAAUGAUCCUACAAGGACAAAUUCAGUUUUAGAAAUUCAAGAAGUCUGUCAGGAAUCUGACAAUGGAGUUCCUGUUGGAUCAGCUGAGCCAAUGCUGCUGCAUACUGAGGAAAAUGGAAAAGAUAUGGAAAAUUCUGAAAAAGGCAUCCCGAUGAUACCAAGCAGAAGUUCAGAUUGGGUAGCUGGUUUAGAAAAUCAGAAGUUACCCAUGGUUUGCACUGAAGAUUCAUGUGACUCUGUAAAGUGCAUCUCCAAAUGAGUAAAAUUUUAUACUAUUUAUUGUGGAAAGGUAUAAUCUGUUUUCAUGGGGAAAAUUAAUGCGCAACUAACAAAUUUUUCAAAUGGACAGCUCAGCCUGUGAAAGAUUAGAGAUUUUAUUUGCCAUGCUGAUUGUCAUGUGUCUUGUAAUUUUAAAAAGCAGCAUGAAGCUUGUCUGAUUGCAUUGUUAGGUUUUGUCGAUACCCAAGUUUAUCAUUGUAGAUGCUAAGGUAAUUAUAUUUUCUGAAUUGAUAAUCAUACUUUUUUUUUUUUUUUUUUUUUUUUUAAUAACACAAGUGUUUGUGAAUUUGAUGGUUGUACCGAAAGUACAAGUAUUUUGGACCUCAAUCCUGCCCUCCCUUCAUCCAGUUGUCUGUUUAUAUGGGGUACAUGAUUGUGUGAUGGGAGCUCUUUUCCCAUCCUUUUUGUGAAAUAAAUAGUUUGUAUUCCUUUAAGGUGUUUGAAUGAUUUGUUGGAAUAAAACCUGUUUAUAAAGUUGG